UUCCCUUGAUGAGGUUCAGCAAGCACAGAGAGUUGUGGAAACCCCUUCUGGUCGGCCUGCAAGUCCUUCGUAAAUGAACCCAAAAAGUUAGACUGGCAAAAGAAAUUUAUUGUUGGAACUGAGAAGCCAGUCUUCACCUAGGAAGGCUGACUUCCUCAGAGGCAAGGUAAAGUUUCUAGCAGAGAAAUCCCGACAGAGAGAUAAAGAGGAGUGUGGUCCUGUUAAGAAAAUAGGUGAGAGAGAUAAAGAAGGAUUAACACAGAAAAGAGAAUGUCUUCUCAGUGGGCAGAGGGUCCUCGAAGGCAGUUAUGCCAAGGAGAGAGAGAGAGGUUCAUUGGCAUGGCAUGUCCUCUUUUGGCCCUCUACAAGGAAUGAGCCCCAAGUUGCCCCUUUUUAUAAUUUCAAACUUUAGCUAGGGGCUGGGUGCAGUUUGAGUUGAAAUCAGACCAAAAUCUUUGUGAAUGAAUAGAAAUUUUCCAUUUGAAUGAGUAUCACUGGACUAAUCUCCAACUCAAUAGAGGUCCAUAGGAAUCUAGAUCUCUAGCUUGGACUAAGUAGGAGUAGCCCUGGACUCAACUAGGCCCACCAAGAGAAAGAAUGAAACCACUUAUCUUGAUUCCCAAGGGCGUGUCUCUCAGGAAAGAGCUUCUCCGAGGGUUCAAGGAGUUUCCCAAGCAUUCCCCCCAAAGUCAGAAAUAGAGAGUUUCAGUAUUCCCCUUAUCAUCCUGACGUGAGGACACUUCUGUUCUAACAAUCUGUCACUGAUUCUAAAUCUUCUGGCUUUGGAAUCUGUGAUUCUGACGCCCUCUGGUCCAAGAAUGCUAUUGUUCUGUCAAUGAUUGUAAAAGUCUUUUAGCCUAGGAACAUAAUAUUUCUUCCCUUAAACUUUAGGGAAGAUAUAUUUGUGAUCCUGAGAUUCUCUUAUUGUAGUUCUGACAAUCUUGUCUGCCAGUGAUUCUAAAAUCUUCAGGCUUUAGAAUAGUCCUAGGUCUACUGGUCAGUGAUAACCAAAUUUCUGAGACCACUCUUCAAGGCCAUAUUUCUAGGCCAUAAAAUCAUUAUAUCAAUAACAUGAAGAACUAGAUAAAUGUGCCUCCUUGUUUCAAGUUCCUUGUUAAGUCCUUUGCUCUUCAGCCUGCUUCAAUUGGUAUUACAAUUCCAAUAAACUUUGCCCCUUGACAUGAAUAUAGGUUCAAGCCUGCAAAUUCUUUUGAGACACCAGUCUGCCAUCCCCAAUCUUUUGGUGUCCCUUCCCAAUCUCAACCAGGUAAACACUGUAUACAGCAACAGCAAGAUUGUGUGAUAAUCAAUUAUGAUAGACUUAGUUCUUCUCAGAAAUGUGAUGAUGCAAGACAAAUCUAAUGGACUUGGGAAGGAAAGUGCCAUCCACUUCCAGAGAGAUAUGGAAACUGAAUUCGACAGAAUCAUCCUGUUCUUACCUUUUUUUUCUCCUGUUUUGUUUUUUCUAGUAGUUUUUUCCUUUUAUUCUGAUUUCUCUCUCCCAACAUUACUCAUAUGGAAAAUGCAAUAUAUAUGUGUGUGUGUACAAGCUACAAAAAAUUAAAUUAAAAAAAUAGAAACCAAACAAAACUCUAGGCUUGGAUCAAAAGAUCAGAGUUUGGAUUCUAGCUUUCACAGCCACAUAACUAUAAGCAAUUUACUUAAACACCCGAGUUUCCGUUUCUUAGUUGUGGAAAGGACGAACUAACAUUAGCACUAAAGAGCUCACCCAGUUGCUUUUGGGAGAGGAGUUUAUUAACCUAACAGCUCCAUAUAAAUGACAGUAUGCGUUAGUCUAUACUUCCCACGAUGUGAACUAACAUCUACCUAGAGCUUCCACUACCAAACAGCUGUAAAACAUCUGUAAAGCAGUAUCCGGUAUUAAAAAAAGUCGCUCAGAUACGACUCCUUUACUUUAUAUUAAAGGUCCAAUUUUCGCUUAUUUCUAAAUUCUUCUCUCCAACUCGCCCAAGGGCCUUAGGACUGCGCUUUGAAAUUAGGAUCAAAGAACCAACUAAAGCUUUCUCCCCGCCUGGGCCUCCACAGCCCAGACAGCAAGCGCGGCCCAGGACGCACCCGAAAGGAAGCCCUAGCCUUCCGGCUCUCGGCGCGCAUGCCUAGGUUGCUACAGAGGAAAGACUUUUACGACCCGAUUGGCAGAUUUUUUUUGCUAAUCGUUUGGGUUUAAAGGUGCCUCCCUCCCUAGGGCUGGGCCGGCCUGAACAGCGGUAGUUUCAGUUUUUCUGGAGCUAAUGCGGAAGGGAAAUGAGGGCUCCUCUGACUAGAGAGCGGCUCGCCUCUCCCGGUAUCCGGCCCUUCGCGGAGGGCUCCUGUGGGCGGCUGCGCAGACAGAGCUCAGGAUUUUAGGUUGCCCCAGAAUUUUAUAUGAACUGCAAAGAGUGGAUCUAUGAAGUUUUAAAUAUAAACUAUAUAAAUAUUGAUAUUUGAUGAGAAACUUCCUUAUCUUAUUAAGAGAAGAUGAACAAAACAAUAACUUCAUCAACAUAUGUUAGAUGCCUAAAUGUUGGCCUAAUUAGGCAACUGGCAGAUUUUAUUGAUCCUCAGGAAGGAUGGAAGAAAUUAGCAGUUGACAUAAAAAAGCCUUCUGGAGACAGUAGAUAUAACCAAUUUCAUAUAAGGAGAUUUGAAAGCUUAUUUCAGACUGGAAAGAGUCCUACUAGUGAACUACUUUUUGACUGGGGAACCACAAAUUGUACAGUUGGAGACCUUGUAGAUCUUUUAAUCAGAAAUGAAUUUUUAGCACCAGCACGUCUAUUGCUGCCAGUUCACUUUGCAGAUAGUGUUCCAGAAAUUGAUCAUAUACUCCCACAAGAAGAAAUAGCCACUCAAAACAAAUUGCUGCCUCCUUAUGACAAAGAAAAGACACAUGUGAAACCCUUAUUUAAUCAGAAUCCUGAACAAAUCUCUUCACCUCUGAACUCUUCAAGUCCAGACAUGAAAAGUUUAGAAGUUAGUGAUACACGUUUCCAGAGUUUUUCAUUUUAUGAAUUGAAAAAUGUUACAAAUAACUUUGAUGAGCUCCCUAUAUCAGCUGGUGGAAACAAAAUGGGAGAGGGAGGCUUUGGAGUUGUAUAUAGGGGCUAUAUCAAUAACAGAAUUGUGGCAGUGAAGAAACUUACAACUAUGGCUGAUAUGUGUACUGAAGAAUUAAAACAACAAUUUGACCAAGAAAUAAAAAUAAUGGCAAAGUGUCAACAUGAAAACUUAGUAGAACUACUUGGUUUCUCAAGUGAUAGUGAUAACUUCUGUUUGGUGUAUGUCUAUAUGCCCAAUGGUUCGUUGCUUGACAGAUUAUCUUGUCUGGAUGGCACUGCACCACUUUCCUGGUACACAAGAUGCAAAAUUGCUCAAGGUACAGCUAAUGGCAUCUAUUAUUUACAUACAAACCAUCAUGUUCAUAGAGAUAUUAAAAGUGCAAAUGUUUUACUUGAUGAGAACUUCAUACCCAAGGUUUCUGACUUUGGACUUGCACGAACUUCUGAAAAAUUUAACCAAACUGUCAUGACUAGUAGAAUUGUGGGAACAACAGCCUAUAUGGCACCUGAAGCUUUGCGAGGAGAGAUAACACCUAAAUCUGACAUUUAUAGCUUUGGUGUGGUCUUACUAGAAAUAAUAACCGGACUUCCAGCUGUAGAUGAGCAACGUGAACCUCAAUUAUUGUUAGAUAUCAAAGAGGAAAUUGAAGAUGAAGAAAAGCAUAUUGAAGAUUAUAUUGACGCAAAAAUGAAUGAUGUGGAUUCUACUUCUAUUGAAAAUAUGUAUUCUAUUGCUAGUCUUUGUCUUCAUGAAAAGAAAAAUAAGAGACCAGACAUUGAGAUGGUAAAACAGCACCUCCAAGAAAUGACAUCAUUCUGAUUUCCUAAGAUGUUUUAAGAUACUUUCUAAAUUAACCCUGGAGAUUGACUCCCGGGUUUGUUAGUCCAGAAAAAAAAUUUUUUUAACAUAUAAAGUUUUUGGAGCUUCAUCCUCUACAUCAGAACCUACAUUUUUAAAUUUUAACUUAUUUUAAAUUUUUCUUGCCUCACAAGCUGGCUAUUAUAGUCAGACUUUGAGCCUACAUCAACUUGUACCUCUCUUUAGGAACAUUUUUUUACCCUAUUAUAUUUGAAGUUUAAUAGAAUAAAAUUUAAAUUUUAUUACAGUUUACCAGUGGAUCAAAAAAAUCCUUAAUUUUACAGUAUUUUUUCUCCUGCUAUGUAGUAUACAAUUAGAUUUGAUCUUUUUUGCUAUAGUAAAUAUGAUUCAAGGAAUAGCUUUAAUCAUUUUUUUCUAUAUUUAGCAUAGAUCAUUAAUUUUUAAAAUUGUUGCAAUAGAAAUUAAGGCAAAGGCACCUUCAAUUCCAAACACAUUCAAUUUAUUAGUAAGGCUAUCAAUUACCAAUAAGAGGGUCUAGAUUUUUCAGUCAAAAGAGGUAAGAAGAGUUUAUAGAUUUUAUUUGGGAAAUAGAAGAAAACAAAAGAUAGGAACCAUAAAGCUAUGGUUGCAAAUUCUGAAGUGUCAUAGAUGAUGGAUAACAACACCAAUGAACAGAAAUCAGAAAUGCUGGACUUUAAACAGUCCAAAAGCCCCUUGGUGGUAUCCACUUGUGUGGACAUCCAGACUUUCAUGAAGGACAGCCAGAAUUACAAAGAUAACAGACUUUUUUACACCCACCUGGAUCUUUAUUCAGAGAAAAAGAAACAUAGUUUAGGUAAUUUUACAACAUGUUGGGGGUUAUAUAGAAUAUAAUCAGUUACAGAAUGGAAUCAGAAUCAAUUUCAUUAUCAUAAUGUGAAUUGAUUUAACCAUUUUGGAAAUCAGUUUGGAAUUAUGUUAAGAAAGGAACUGUUCCAGAGAUCUGACUACUAGGGAGGUUUUAAAAAUGUGAAGUUUCAUAUAUGCCAAAAUAAGCAUAGCAGCAUUUUCUGGGAUAGCAAAAAACUAAUUCCCAUUCACUGGAGAAUGAAUAAAUACAUUUUGGUCUGAAAUAUAGUUGUAAUAUGCAGAAGGAAACAAAUAUAAUGAAUGGAGAGAGGUGUGGGAAGAUAUGAGAAAUAAUGCUAUGAAAAUAACUAAUAAAACAAUAUACACAAAGGCUACAACAAAAAAAAGAGAAAGCACAAAGGCCAUAAAAAUGAAUUUUGUAUAAUUACAAUGAAGAAACUUGCCUCCAAAGAUCAUCUAAGAAAAUAUGCCUCCUUUUUUAGAGAAGUGAGUAUUGAGAAACUGGGUAUAGAGCAUUGCUACAAUGUUAUACUUGCUUGAUAUGUCCAUUUGUUUUGCUGAAAUGUUUCUUUUAUAUUUUUAUAUAUAUGUAUGCAUAUUUUCUGUUACAAAAGAUAUUUCUCAGUAGAGGGGGAGGGAGGAAGAGGAUAAUAGUUGUAAAUGAAAGUGAUUUUAAAACAAAAUGUACAAAUAAAAAUCAAUCUUAAAAAUCA